AAUUAAGCAAAGUAAACUUGUCGGGAGAAAUUCAAUGGGAGAAGCUCUGGGAGAAACACCGGGAUUCACUACCUAUCCUAUCCAGAUUAAUUCACCUAUUCCAAUCAAUUUAAUCCAUACCUCUACAGCCAGGAUAUCACGAAUGUGCUAGCUAUCCCUGUCGGGAAUUACUACGUACUAAACAAUUAAAUCAAAUCCUACUGUCGUAGCUCAAUGACCUAAUUAUUCAGCCUGAAGAUCGAUAUCCUAUUGAAGACCGCAUAGCACCUUAUUUAAUCCACUGUCGCUUCGAUAAGUUACUAUGUCACAUGAAAUAGGUUCAGUUAAUAGGGUUUCACUGUCGCUAAUAACCUAAUCAACUACGAAUCGUUGUAUUGGUGGCCAGUCAACACAAAGCAUUAAGUAGUUUCAUGCAAUAGAGAUUGGAAGAAAAGAAUCAUGAAUCAAUCCAUCAAAUCAAGAAAUAGCUACAUCCUAUGGUGUUUCCCCCAGAAAUUGGGGUUUAUUUCAUGACGAAAUUAAGAUAAAACGAUAGGGUUUUGUUCAUCAUGUUCUAAAUCAACAAGAAACAACUAAUCAGGUUUAGAAAAUCCAACCAACUAAUCGCUCUCGUUGAAUUCGGCUCAAGCCGCCUGAAAAAUUGAUCGCUGCUCGAACAAUCGCCCCCGCUGCCUUCCUCCGCGCGACUCGUCUCCAAAUAAUUCCCCCCGAGAAUCCGUCCGCUUCUGCUUUUUUUUUUCUCCCCCAGGAAUCCGUCCCCAAACCAAACAAAAAACGUCCUCCCAAAAACCCUUUUCCGUCCAAAAUUAUAAUUCCCCCCUCAAAGAGAUUUCCGUUCCUUUCCUCCUCCUUGGGCCAAAAAUGGCCGCCACAUCACCUUGGCCCAUUCAUGAUGUCAGUUGAUCGCCCAGCAAGUCCAAUUCCGCCAGCAUUAAUUCAAAGUCCCAUCCAUUUGGGCUUUGGCCCAAUCACUUGUUGUGCACUCGCUUCUUUUUCGUGCUUUCUCCACCUGUAAUAUAUCAAACUCAUGGCACUAGACAGUAAUGGUUUUUCAACCAUUUCCGGGUUAGCGAGCCCUAAAAUAGCACCAAUUGGCUAAAACAUACCACGGAUAAUCACAUAAAGUCCAAGAAUCCGAUAUAUUAAAGCCGAAUAUCAAUCAACAUGCCGAUGCCCUCUCCAAGCUCGCAACCGCCAUGGACUUCUAAGGGGACUGACAUAUCACUGUCUCAAAGGAGAGCGACCUGCUUGAGGAAGUCAUGAGCAUCGACGAAACCGCCGACUGGAGAGCCCCUCUGAUCCAAUACCUUGAACAUGACAUCGCCCCUCAGCACCCCGUGGAAAGGAAGGCACUCAAACGAAGGGCGGCUCGGUAUUCGCUCGUGAAUGGCCAGUUGUGCAAAAGGUCAUUCUCCGGAGCCUACUUGAAAUGCCUAAACAAAGAGGAGGCACGAUGGACACUAAAGGCGAUUCACCAAGGUACUUGCGCCACCCACGCGGGUCCUAGGUCGCUCGAAAGAACGAUCCUCCUACAAGGCUACUAUUGGCCGACAAUCAAGAAAGACGCCUCAGAGGUUGUCCUCAACUGCCACCGGUGCCAAGUGCAUGCUUCCAAGCAUCAUCUUCCCAGUUCAGAGCUGCAAAGCGUGGUCGGACCGUGGCCAUUCGCCAAAUGGGGCAUUGAUCUCCUUGGUCCCUUUCCCACGGCCCCUCUAGGUAAGAAGUAUCUGAUAGUGGCAGUAGAUUACUUCACUAAGUGGAUCGAGGCAGAACCGCUGGAGACCAUCACUAGCACCAGGAUACAGAAGUUUGUGUUCAACAACAUCAUGAUUCGCUUCGGCAUCCCACAGUCAAUUGUCACCGAUCACGGCACGCAAUUUGACUGUCGACCAUUCGAAAACUUCUGCGCAAGAAACCGCAUUGUGCUCACUAUGGCAUCUGUGGCAUACCCGCAGACAAACGGCCAAGCUGAGGCGUCCAACAAGCUCAUUUUACAAGGACUAAAGAAACGUCUCGGAGACGCUAAAGGGGCAUGGACGACUGAGCUUCCUCACGUCCUCUGGGCGCACCGCACCACCUACAAGGCGGCCACUGGCGAAACUCCCUUCUCUCUCACUUAUGGUUCCGAAGCGGUCGCUCCAGAAGAACUAAACUUACCCUCCCUCCGGGUUCAAGCAUACAACCCAGAAAGUAAUCACGUGGGUUUACUGGAUCAACUGAACAUGGUGGAGUCAAGACGAGACACGGCCUUGGAACGCAUCAUCAGCGAGAAGAUUAAGGUGGCCGCCUCUUACAACAAGAAGGUUAAACCGCGUCCCCUGGAAGAGGGAGACAUGGUCCUCAAGCGUGACUUCCAACGCAAGGACGAGCAUGGCAAACUUGGAGCUGCUUGGGAAGGACCAUUCCUCAUUGGUGAAAAAACAGGUCCCAGCACCUUUCGACUCGCCACCAUGGAAGGCCAUCCUAUAUCCAAAACGUGGAAUGGCAUGCAUCUAAGGAGAUAUCACUCGGAAGCGGUCUGAGAGACUAUUCGGCAACUCAAGUGCUAUUUUGAUGGGCCUAGGUACACACCCGCCCUUGUAACAGUGUAUUGUUGGCUAGCACAUCAACCCCUUUUGCUCAUGUAAUACACUGAAGAAUUUUCG